GUGGCUCCCCCGGGGCUGGCCCCGGCGGCUCAGAGGGGCCGGCGGUGAUGGAGGGGGGCGCAUCGGCCACCGCCUCCAGCCGGGUGCCCAGGGGCUGCCAGGGAGCGCUGCCCCGUCCCUCUCCCCUCCUGUAGGGCGCAGGGAGCGCAGCCGGGCCGGGAGCCCCCCCAGCACCAUGGGGAAGCAGAACAGCAAGCUGUGCCCGGAGAUGCUCCAGGACCUGCGGGAAAAGACCAAGUUCACCGACCUGGAGCUGCAGGGCUGGUACAAGGGCUUCCUGAAGGACUGUCCCUCGGGCAUGCUCAACAUGGAGGAGUUCAAGAAGAUCUACGCCAACUUCUUCCCCCACGGCGACCCCUCCAAGUUCGCCGAGCACGUCUUCCGCACCUUCGACACCAACGGCGACGGCACCAUCGAUUUCCGAGAGUUCAUCAUCGCCCUGAGCAUCACCUCCCGCGGCAACCUGGAGCAGAAGCUCCUGUGGGCCUUCAACAUGUACGACCUGGAUGGCAACGGCUACAUCAGCCGGGAGGAGAUGCUGGAGAUCGUGCAGGCCAUCGACAAAAUGGUCUCUGUGAUGAACGUGCCCGAAGAUGAAUCGACUCCGGAGAAAAGAACGGAAAAAAUCUUCCGACAGAUGGAUACUGAUAACGACGGCAAGCUGUCGCUGGAGGAGUUCAUCAUAGGUGCCAAGAGCGACCCAUCCAUCGUGCACCUGCUGCAGUGCGACCCCCGCGGCACCGGGCAGCUCUGAGCCCCUCCCCAGCCCCCCGCAGCCCCCUGCCACCCCCCUCCUGCAGCCGGACACCAUCGCCCAGCACGGCACCAGCAUGCACACACUGCACACCUCGGGGCCGGGCCAGCCCCUUCCCCAUGGCUGGAGCACAGGUGGGGGCCGUGGGGAGGGGGGGGCGCUUCUGGUCUUUUAAUACCUGCAAAAUAAAGUUUGUGUCAGUGCA